ACAAACCAAGUCAAUCAGAACUCUUUACAAGCAAAGGUGACCAAGAUGGAUUGUUUCUCCUCAAUGGGCAAAGUGUUCCUGGUAUUCAUCAAUAUUUUAUUUAUGAUAUUCGGGUUGAUGUUAAUUCUUCCCGGAAUCCUAAUUCUGGCAAACAUUGAAUACAUCGAUGAGAAAGUCAAACCUCUAAUGAAGACGCUGUCUUACGGUGACGUCAAUCUGGCUGACGUAGCAGACGGUCUCUCUAUCUCCAUGAUUAUCCUGGGAACCUUCACGCUCCUGGUGGCUACUCUAGGAUUGUGUGGAGCCUGCAAAUCAAACAAGAAAUGUCUCUGUGUGUACUCGAUAAUAGUACUCACUCUUCUGGUGUUACAAUUGGUCGGAGUGGCGCUCUGGGCAGUUGCCAAUGAUAAGGUGACCAACUCCAUUAAAAGUGAACUACUCAACAACCUACAGACUCACUACACAAAGGAAGAUCUAUCAAGCCAUGAAAUCUCUACGGCCUGGAACUAUCUUUUCAUGAAGCUGUCUUGUUGCGGUGUCAAUGAUAAUCAGAACACGACAAACGACUUCACAAACACCCCGUGGAAAACCUCCUCAGCUGGUACAAAGAAAGUCCCCAUCUUUUGCUGUACCGGGAUCAACACCAACAACUAUAACCUCAUCCUCUUCACGUCAUGCACGGAUGACGUGUAUAAAGGCUUUUACAAUACAGGUUGUUACAGUGCUGUAGAAAAGGCCAUAUCUACCUAUACUUUGUACUUCAUCGCUACCGGAUGUAUCAUCUUAGGCGUAGAGAUUAUUGGUCUCGUGUGCGCAUGCUGUUUGUGUAAAAACAUUGGAAAGAAAAAGCAGGAAGUUUCCCCCCGUAAAAAGAAGAAAAAAUAAUUAUAGAACAUGAUAAUCAAAAAGUUUGAAUGAAGAAUAACAAAGUUACAUUUGGAUUCCUCAUUGAAAACUAGCUUCUACUCGAUAAAAUAUUACUUUGAAAAUCAAUUUGCAAAUUAAUUUCAAUCUCUAAU